AUGUCUCCGCAGCCACUCAGUAUCAUCGGUGCAGGUCUAGGUGGUGUGACGCUUGGAAGAGCACUUCUGGAACGAGGCAUACCCGUCGUGCUGUACGAACGCGCGACCUCAUCACCCAGACAUGGCUAUGGCAUCAGCUUGCACGCGUCCACCUACAAGCCCUUGUUGAAGAUGCUGAAGAUGGACGAGCAAACAUUCAGACAGAGUGUCGCGGUUGACGCUGCGAUUGGCGGGAAUGGCGCGAUCGACCCCAAGAAACUAAUAUGUCCUCGCGACGUGACCUCCACAUCAUUCCGCGCCCAUCGCGAGAGACUGGAAAAAUUGAUCCGCAAAGGCCUUGAUAUCAGAUGGGACUCUGGGUUAGAGAAGCUGGAACAGACACCAAACGGUACGACUCUGUACUUGCAGAACGACACCAGCAUAGAAGGUCAGACGUGCAUGGUUGGCGCCGAUGGUGUUCACUCUCUCACGAAGAAGUCAAUCUUGAGGGAAGCCGGUCUCGAAGUUCUACCUUUCGUCACUUUCAAUGGAAAGAGAAAAGUGAGCAGAAGCACUUUUGACGACAUCUAUGCUCCAGCCAUGGGAGGAUCCAAUAUUGUUGAGAUCCACAACGAUGGGGUGUUCUUACAGGUCUCUGUCAACGAUAUCACAGCUGAACAAGCCAGUGUGAGUUGGGUGUAUUCACGUCCAGCUCAAGGAACCAGCGAUCAUUGCUUCAAGCCUGAUCGACCGCAGUCUGGUGCCUCUGACAUUCCGAAGGAAUUUUAUCGAGAAAUCAGUGCUCUACAAGGCCUGCCCCAACCAUUCUUGGAGAUCUUCGAUGAGCAUAAGAUAGAACAGGAUCGUGUCUUGGCUUGGUUGAUGCGUACAUCCAAAGUCGACCUUACUCAACUCUACCAACUUGCAUCCAAUGGCAUCUUCCUCAUGGGAGACUCCGCACACUCUCAAGCAAUUCUUGGUGGAGAAGGAGCAAACAUCGCGAUAUCUGAUGGAUUGACACUUGCUGAAGCGAUCGCUGCGCGAAAUGGCGAGACCAUCACAUCAUGGUACAGCAAACGUUUCCCAGAUUGGCAGCAGAGCCUGGAGAACAGCAAGACGACGAUUGAGGAUAUGCACAAGGACCAGGCUCCUAAAUCCAAGGUCUAG